GGGGUGUUUCAUAAAGAGUCGUUCGUAAGUCCAAGCAGUCGUUCUUAAGUUGGUGAAGUCGCACUUAAGAUACGAGCAACUGGAAAAGGCCGUUUCAUAAAGUCGCUCGUAACCUAAGAGCGACUCGAUUAAUAAAAAAACACUUCGAUAUUCAUGAACGAGCCUGUUCUUAAGCAAAUUAGAUGCAAAUUAGAUGCAAAUGAAUGUUGACAAAUUUAUCAACGUUUCGAUCUUCCCGCUGAUAAUUUUGCCGUCUGCUAAAACGAAGGGUUUCAUCGUUCGAUUGCUGAUAUCACAAGCUGCAGUAUGUCAGAACAAGAAGCUGGAACGUCAGCUGGGAGCUCAACCCCAUCUGGGAAUGGCAAGAAGAAAAGAAGGGUAAACUAUACCAAAGAGGAGCAGUUGCAGCUGGUGGAAUUUGUGAAGAGACGAAAAGUGGACCUGUUCGGGAAGGCAGGGUAUUGUGGAGUGAAGGUUGAGCAGAGAAAGCAAGGGACUUGGAAAGAGCUUGCUACCCUACUCAGAAGCUGUGGGGGUCCAGAGAGGGAUUGGAGAGAGUUAAAAAAGAAGUGGCAGGAGCUGAAGAGCAGGGCUCUCAAAUGCACGGCCCACGCCAAGCUUACAGGAGGAGGACCCCCAAAGUCUAUAGAUUUUAUAUCUGAAAAGGUAUUGGAAGCCGUAGCAACCGAAGUGAGGGAGGGGCUGGCGAGCUCCCAGAACGAAGCUGGGUUGGGUGAAUGCACAAGCUCCCAGGAUUUGGAGGUUGCUGCCCUCGCCGAAGACACGAACCAGAGCAUGGUCAAUGAUGAAGAAGACUUGGACUUGGGAGAUGAUAUUGGGGAUAUUCAGGUUCUUGAGAACUUGGACACAGUGACACAACUUGUUACUUGUCCCCCCGAUGUUAUCCAUGCUGACCUGUUGAGAAUCAGUGGUCAGUUAGAUACGAUAAUAGAUCUUCUUGUCAAUAGACAGCGGGGAGGCAAUGAACAAUAAUGGUCCACUGUGUUCAGGUUCUCUCUUUACUAUUUUAAGUAUUUAAAGCUUCUUUUUUAGGGUCAGCCCAUGUCAAUUCAACUCGGCCUGUAUUCAAUUCAAUACUUAAGUCUUUUUGAAUAAGUUAAUUGAAAAAAUUGGUAAAUAAAAUAAUUUCGGGAUGUAUUGACAGGUAAUUUUUUUGUGUGUUUGCAGUCAUCCU